AUGAUUGACUCAAAUCCACCACUCUUGAACCAUUAUGGAGCACUUUUGAAAAAUUCAGAUGAACCUCAAAAGUCUAGAAGUUUCAAUGAUCAAGAUAAUAGUAAUACUGUGGUGGAUACAUGUGAACUACCUUUGAUAGACCUUAAUGGUCUUAAAAGCUGUAAUGUAAGAGAAAGAAUGGCUUGCACUGCAGCAAUAUGCAAGGCAGCAUCAGAAUGGGGAUUUUUCCAAGUGAUAAACCAUGGUAUAAACCCUGACCUACUAAGAAAUAUGAAGGAGGAGCAAAUGAAGCUGUUUAGGGUACCCUUUGAGAAGAAGGUCACUUGUGGACUUCUAAACAAUCCAUACAGGUGGGGGACACCAACAGCUACUAGUUUAAAUCACUUUUCAUGGUCAGAAGCUUUCCACAUUCCUCUCACCAUGAUUUCAGAAGCAGCUUGCUGGGGUGAAUUCAGUUCUCUAAGAGAAGCAAUAAAUGAGUUUGCACCAGCUAUGCUAGAAGUGUCCAGGCUACUGGCAGGUAUUCUAGCAGAAAACUUGGGCCACCAGACAGAUGCAGUUGAAAAACUCUGCGAUGCAAGCACAUGCUUUCUGAGAUUGAAUCACUAUCCUUCCUGUCCAAAAUCUAAAGAAGAAAUUUUUGGAUUAGUACCUCACACUGACAGUGAUUUCCUCACAAUCCUUUAUCAAGAUCAAGUCGGUGGACUUCAACUGAUGAAAGAUUCCAAAUGGGUCGCUGUAAAACCAAAUCCAGAUGCUCUUAUUGUUAACAUUGGAGAUCUUUUCCAGGCCUGGAGUAAUGAUGAGUACAAAAGUGUAGAGCACAAGGUUGUGGCGAACAACAAGGUGGAAAGAUACUCCAUUGCAUACUUCCUAUGUCCUUCUUACACUACUAUGAUAAGUGGCUGCAAGGAGCCUUCAACAUAUAGGAAUUUCACCUUUGGAGAAUAUCGACACCAAAUUCAAGAAGAUGUCAAGAAAAUAGGACACAAAAUAGGGCUAUCAAAGUUUCUUCGUAAAGGCAUGUACACGACAACCACCGUUUAG